CCAUUGCGGGGCCGUGAGCGGGGCCCCUCAGGCGAGCCCCGUCCGUGCCCCGGGGCCGUGCGGGCUCAGCCCCGGAGCCGAGCUCUGCCUCCCACCGCUGCGGGUCUCCUCACCGCUUCUCCUUCCCAGCAAACGCCUUGCUCCUGGUGGCAAGGAGAAGCUCAGGGUUUCAAGUCUCAGAGUAAUGGAGUCGUUAAGGCUGGAGAAGACCUCCAAGAUGACCAAGUCCAGCGUUCCACCUGCCACCUCCGUGCCAAGCUCUCCAGAAAGUGCCUCUUGUGCUACUGCUAAGUGUUUGUUUCGGACACAGAGCACUGUGUGCUCCACAGCAAUUAGCUGACUUGACCAGUCAGAUGCAGUGUCCAUCCAUAACCCUGGGAUAUUUAUCUCGGAAUUGGCACACGGAGCCAUCCCAGGCAGUUUGUGUAUCCCCAUGGGGCUCUCUGACCCUUGGCAAGCUCUGCUCAGUGUCAGAGCACAGUGUUCCAGCCAUGAGGAUUUCCCUCUUUCUUAUCUAAGUGAAAUUCAGGGGUUGUCUCACACCAACAAAACCACCAUAGAUGAGGCCUAUAAAGUAUCUACAGAGGCAAUUUGCAAGUUAUAAACUUUAGUUGAGUUUAACUUCAUGUUCUGAGGAGUGUUCCUGGCCAAUGCAGAUAACUGUCAGUGUGAUCCCUUGAACAGUGAUUUCAGUAAUGAACAACACUUAGAAUGAUAAAAAUGUGAUAAAAUAAUCACAUUGUUCCUUCAGUGAUGAGCAUAAAUCCAUGGAAUCACAGAAUGGUUUGGCUUGGAAUAAUGGGCAUGUGUAAGAAACACAAAGUCACCAACCUCCCAUGGUCCUUGUGGGUCUCUUCCAACCCUGGGUGUUGUGUGAAACCUCUGAACCAGAAAUAAUUUCCUCUCAUGUUUGACUGCCCAGAAAACCAUGAGAUUGUAGCAUAAAAUGUAAAGUUUUUCUGUGAGGGUGAAUGAUCUGACCUCCUAGCUCAGCUGCAGUUCCUACUGUGCUGUCUCAACUUCUCAUGGACAUCAAGGAACAGGAGGAAAGAAUCCACUUUAGAAACACUUUGAGGGGUCAAAAUCCAUGAGUGUGCCUAUUCUUAACUAUUUUUUAAAAAUAAAAAUCCAGUGAAAACAAAAGUCAACAUGAAUCACGUGGAAGGUUCUCUGCCCAUGGCAGGUGGGUAGAACAAGUCUUUAAGCUCCAUUCCAACCCAAACCAUUGUGAGAUUCUAUGACUUUGUGAUCAUUUUAUCUAUCCUUUAGGUAGGGGGGAGGGGAAUGUGAGGGAAAUUGGGAAGAGGAGUCAAUCCAGCUGAGAGCAGGGGUGUCAGCCUGCCUUUGCUCUGUUCCUGUCCCAUCCCUGCAGGCAGAACAUGGCAACAUGCUUGGAGAGGACACAGUUACAACACACUGGCUAAGAAUCCAAAAAAAAUCUUUAUAAAUGAGCCCUGAGGGAAGCUGUCCCAAUGGCCUCAGAAGCACAAAGUGAGGAUGCAGAACAUGCAGCUGAGCCUCCUGCAGCUCCUGUGCAGGGGGACAGGACAUUCCAGUGGGGAGCCAUCCUUGCUGCAGUGAAAGACCAGCUCCCAUCCCUGGACUCUGACUCCUCCACAUCUGAUUGUGAGAGUGAUGAGGAGCUUUUCAUCUUCCAGCGGGACCUGCCCAACUUAAUUCCAGACCUGUCGGAAGAACUGAUGAUGUUUUCCCUGGAAGACUCCCAGGAGCAGCAAAUCCAGGAGACAGAAAGACUUCCAUGGGAGAUCUGGAACAGAGACCUGGAAAGUUUUGACUUUCAGGAAAAAACAGAUGGUGCCCAAAUCAUUGCAAAAGAAGAUGUACAAAUUAUUAAAGAUCAGGCUUCUGAACCUGUCAGCCAGACUGAAGAAAUGCCAAGCCAAAAGAGAGCUGUUAUUGAAGAAUCUCCCUCAGAUUCCACAGAUCACCUUGAGGAGAAAGAAAUGGGCAGGACACAGGCCAAGGAAAGAGUGAACUCCUGGCCUAACACAGCAGUGUCUGUGCAAGAGCUCUCCAGUAAAGAGGAGAGAAAAAAGCUGAUAGAGACAAAGAUACUCCACAAGAUCCUUGUGGAGCCAUCCCCAAAGCAGGAUGUCAAGCCUCCCUCCCAUGGCAUCAACAACUGCCCAGGAACACUUGCAAAGGAGGAAACCUCUUCAGCUGAGUAUCUUGGAGAAGUGACCCGUUUGUUAUUGCAGAAUAUUGAGAAAUGGGAUGUAGAGAAGAAUCUUGAGGAGCUGGAGCAGCAGGGAAAUAAAACUCGUGCAGAAGUUGCUUUCUUCCCUGCAGAUUAUGAGACCUUCAGGAGGAAGUGUGAAGAUGAGCUCAUGGAAAGGCUGGGAGAGCUGUGUGCCAGGCAGUCCAGGGCAGUGUCCCCUGCCUGUGAGAGGCCAUCAGCAAAGCUCUGCUCCUUCCAGGGACAGCAGGACAAUAAGGAUGUUGCCUUGCUGUCAUCCCCACCAAGUUCUCUGAGGAUGGGCAGGAUGAGUUUCCAGAGCCUGCCAAAACCUGCAACUGUGUACAUAGAUUUGAGAGAUGCUGAGCCACCAAAGUCAGUGACAGUCCCUGAAGAGGAGCAAAGGGCAAGUGACAGCUCCUCCUCCUCUGAAGAAGAAGAGAAUGAGACAAUUCAGGAUGAAGCAGAAAGGAGAAUGAGGAAUUGCUCAGGGAAGAGCCUGUUACUGCAACAACUCCGAGCAGCCCGUAAGGAGGCCUUGGAGCUUCUUCAUAAAACCUCUGUUCCAGCUGAGAAACUGCAUCCAGAAAGUCUGGAAGACACACCUUCCUCUAAUAAAAGUCAAAACCAAUCUUGUAAAGCAAGGCAAGAGACAAAUGAGGUGGUUCCCAUGAAACUGAUGAGAUUGGAACCAGGCACAGAAAGUCCCCCCUUUUCAAGCUGUGUGGGCAAUGGAGCUGACACAGAGAAAGAGAACAAACUGGAAGCUGAGAAGAUUCAAAAUGCAGGAAAUGCUCCAGAGUGUCCUGUAAUUACAGCAGAACUGCCAAGGAGAGAAGGAAGUGACAGAGAGCUAUCCCAAAAGGAAGAGGAGAUGAAGGAGAGGCAGAGGAGAUGCAGAUUGCAGGAGCAGCUGGAGCAGUGGCAGCCUCAGCGCUCGGUGUGUGGGAAGCAGCCCAUGGCAGAGAACACCCCGCUCCUGUUCCACAGGGAAGCCUCUUUUUUGCCAGCUAUUGACACGUUGCCUGGAUCCUGCAGUGUGAAAAAGGAGGUGCUGCUGCUGACUGUUUGCCUGGCAAGUUGUGGCCAAGUGGCCACGGAUCAGUGUGAGGGGCAGGUGCCUGACAAGGUGCUGGGAGCAGCCAACAUCUACCAGGCCCUCGUGACGUGGCUGCUGUCCCUGGUGCCUCCUGUGAAGAGGAAGGAUGGCCCCAAAGCUCCAUUUGAGGUGGUGGGGCUGCAGCAGGCCUGGAGAGAGGAAGGCUUGGCCCUCUACGCCUGCCUGGUGGCCCCAGAGGAACCUUCAGCCCAGAGCUGCCCCCAGACCCACGAGCCAGGGACUGCAGAACAUCUCCAGGGAACAUCCAGCUUUUACCAGAAGAUUUCUGCAUUUCUGGCAUCUACGUGGCUUCCAGAUCUUAUUUGGUGGAGAGAUGAACUGGCCAGUCACUUUCAAAACCAGCUGUGCCCACUUCUUCCUGCAAUUCCCUCUGUCCUGCUCAGUAACAUCACUGCUGUUAAUCCUGACCCUCAGGCCGUGGAGAAGGCGUUUGCAGUGUCAAAUGGAUUUUACUGGCAGACAGUUGAGAGUGAUGACAAACACUUCCCUGACAGCAGUGCCAUGGAGGCUUGCAGAGACACAGACAUCGAGGUUGCCAUGGUGCUGCUGUUUGAGGCUCUCUUCCGAAGCCCCCUGGAGACCCAUCACACUCUGCAGCUGCUGCUGGGCUCUGGGCUGGAUGUCUGCGGCCUCCGCCUGCUCUACCCCGGCCAGGACCUGCUGCUCUCCAGCUCAGAAAAGCUGCCUUCCUCCUACACUUCAGAGCCUGGCAAGGUGCCCCCAGUGGUGGCAUUAGGUGUGAGAGGGCCCAAAGCCCACGGCAUCCUGCAGGACAUCACCCGGGGCUCUGGCAGGGCGGAGCCCGUUGCGUCCCUGCCCCUGCCCAGCCGGGUGCACCGGGAGCUGUGCCUCUGGUUCGGAGGGAGAGCGGCUGGAAUCCUGCCCCCGCCUUCCAGCUCUCAGAGACCUUCACCAGCUGGGGCAGGAGCAGAUGAAGAAAAAAUUGACCUCCAGGGCUUGAUGCUGCCUCGACCUCCAGCCAUGCUUGUCUCAACUACCAAAGGGGACAUCAUUCUGCUGGUGUCACCUGUGGUACCUCCAUGUGCCUAUGGGGCUGUGCUUUCCGCCUGUGCCCGCCGGGGCUUUGUGCUGCAAGGACUGCGGCAGCUGCAGCUCUCAGCACAGCAGGGCCUCGUGCUGGGCCUGGCAGCAGGGCAGAUUGCUGUCUUUUGCCCUGGCAAGAGCUCAAGCUCACCUGCUGGUGCUGCAGGAGGAGAAGUCCCCGGUGGGCACCGCAGGCACUGCCUGGUGCUGCUGCUGAGGAAGGAGAAUGCCACACAUCACAUCCCUGCCUUGCUGACAGGGCUGAUGGAGGAGCUGGCAGAGGCAGGCCUUGGCAGCGGGCACAGCCUCCCCCCUGCAGCUGCUGGAGAGGAGCCGUCACUCUGCUUCCACGGGGCUCCGUUCGCCGCGGCCGCGCUGCGCAGCCUGGGAGGAAACCUCAGUGCAGUGCCAGAGCCCCAGCACAUCCCUCUGGAUUUCCUGUGCCACCGAGCCUACGCUGCUGAGCCCGGGAUGGAGCAGGUGGUGAUGCUGGCAGUGGUGGGCAUGCAGGCUCUGAAGAGUGCUGGAGAGCUCCUCCAGCACAUCCUGCUGCCCCCAGCCAGGGAUCAGGCUUGGAGUGCAGCAGAGCCCAGUUCAGGACUUGAGCUCCUGGGCCUGAAGUGGCUGCCCCAUCUCACUCGGUGCCAGGCCAGAGAAAUGACCCCUUUUGAGGCUGGGGACACUCUCUGGCAGAGGAGCCUGGACACGCUGACGUGCAGCCCCGUCCUGCUGUGUGUGCUCCGGGGCAUCGAUGCCUUCCGAGCCCUGGGAGCCGCCCUGCAGGCAUGGACACGGGACAGGCUCAGCACGGGUGACAGCCUCCCACAGGCACUAAUGGCCUUGACCCCAGAGGUGACCUUCAGACAAACCAUCCUCUUCUUCACAGAGGCAGAUUUGGUAACUGAUGCAGAACACCGCCCUGCUGGAAAAUUCCUGCCACCACCUGGCAGGAGCUCCAGGACUGCAGGGAAGACCACAGUGGGUGAGAGCUGGAGGUGCCGAGCAGAAUCCAUGUUCUCCUUCCUGCAAGCAGGGGCACAGGUUCUCUGCACGGUGCUGCUGAUCAAACCCGGGGUGUGGAGCCAGAGGCUGCCCAGGAUCCUGCGGGAUCUGCACCUGGAGAAAUUCUGCGUGGUGGGAAUGAAGCACCUGGAGCUGGGAGCAGCUGCUGCUGCUGCUCUCCUGCCCUGUGAGCUGCAGCAGGAUCCAGCUGCUGUGGAAGCUCACUGUGCCUACCUGACCUCGGGCACUGCCCUCGUGCUGUGCCUGCAGAGGCCCAAUGCUGUGAAGAAGCUGAUGGAUCUCCUGGGACCAGAGGAUCCUCAGCUGGCCCAAGCACUGGAUCCACGCCUCUGGAGGGCUCAGUAUGGCACCAGCACAGUCCAGAAUGGAUUUUAUGGCUCCAGAUCCUAUGCGAUGGCAGUCCGGGAUGUGAAGCUGUUUUUCCCAGAAGGGCUGUGCUGUGCCCAGUGGCAGCCAGUGCAGGAGCAAGAGAUCCAUAACCUGAAACACGACCCCAUCCUCAGCCUGGGAAUCAGGAAGCAGCACAAGAUCCUAAGCCAUGACCCAGGAAGACAUCCCAGUGUCCUGGGCUCUGAGCAGCCAGGCAGCCCUGGUCAGGCAUUGCUGGAGCAGCUCUGGCGCAGCACGUGCCUGGUGCUGCCCGGGAUAAUCCUGCGGGGCUCGGAGCCGCCCCCGUACGUGGCGCUGCUGGAGGAGCUCGUGGGCAGAGGCUUCGUGGUGACUGGAGCUCGCCUGGCUGUGCUGGACUCACCCCAGGCUCUCUACAUCUCCCAGCUGCUCAGCAGGGCCAAGGGCAGUGUUGCAGCAAAGUGCUCCCUGCUGAAGGAUGGGCUGUGCCUGGUGCUGGCAGCACAGUGGGACAGCGCUGUCACCUCCCUGGGCUCCCUGCUGGACAGUGCCUGCUGGCAGAACCAGUCAGUCCUGGACACUGCAGAGCAUCUCCUUUAUCCCCAGAAUGAGAAUCAGGCCCAGGAGCUGCUCUGCUGCUUUUUUGACUCCCUGACAUCAGAGAGCAUCCACCAAACUGAAGCCCAGCGUUGCUAGCAGAGAAGGGCACGGCCCCCAGGCAGCCUUGGAUUCCCUGUGGAGAUGGACACACAGGCACAGCCAGCCCUAAGAGCACUGUUUGUUGGGAAUUAAACACAGAGUCUGAGGUGUUA